AUGGUGGCUCUUUUGAGUGGGCGACUGUCAUCUUGGUUCAGCAAUAACUACCGUCAUAACGGAGAUCCAUGCCGCUCUCGGGUCAGAAAUGAACAGAAGAACAUUAAAGAUCACUGGAAGAAGCACCACACGCCGGAUUCCGCGUACCAGAGGGUCCGGAAACUAAGGUUGGGUGUGCAAAUGAUUGUUCUGAACGACCUGAACGACCUGAACGAGAUGAACGACCUGAACGAGACGAACGACCUGAACGAGAUGAAUGAUACAAAGAAGAUGAAUGAUGUGGCAGGAUAUCACGUGGAGCUUCAAUACAUGUGCUCGUGUUAA